AUGUUAUCUUUGAAUAGUUUCCCAGCGAGCAAGACCCUGCUGAGGAAGUGGCUGGACGUGACGCCGACCAAGGGACGGAUCACCAUCGACUCGGUCAUCUGUCACCAACACUUUAAGGAGGAUGAGUAUGACUUUAUACGAGGGAAGACCAGGCUCAAGGCGAAGGUGGUGCCGAGCGUGUUCAAUUUAAGAAAGUCGCCGUCACCCCAUAGAGAAACAACAGAGAGCAUUGUGGACGUUAAUGAUGAGAUACCCGCCGCUACCAUAGACAAGAACACGUUGAAGACUAACACCAUAGACAAGGAUAUACAGACCAGAGACAAUAUACAGAACGAACCGAACGGGGAUGUUGUAGAGAGGCUCGUGGAAAACUCGUCCCAAGACACCGAGGCACACAAAGACAUAGAAGACAUUAUAACGAACUAUCAAAUAAAACAGAUAAGACCUAUCAACAGGGAAACGGAAAUAGAAGGAGAAGAGAAAGAGAGAGAAAACGGAGAGACAGAGACAGAGAAAGAGACAGAGAUACAGAAUGAGGAGAGUGACGUGUUAACGAUAGGAGAAGACGCCGCGCCCGUGUAUAUAGAAGUUAAUGUUGAUAAAGGUAGCGACGUGGCGGGCGACUGUAUGAUGGUGCUGGAGAGUGUUCAGUGUGAGGUGGACCCUGGACUGUUUGAGGAGCAGGACAACGAACACGAGAUGGAUAGAGACUCGGACGUUAUAGACCUGGGAGAGAGGAAGGAGGACCCAAUAAGUCUAUUGACGUCCAGCGACGAAGAUGAAGUGAUUAUAGAGGAACCUCACAUAGAUAUAGUGGAACUGACAGACGGAGACACGGACCAUGAGGAGGAAGACGACCUGCCGCUGGUGAAGCUGGUGCGGACACACGGACAGAAGUGGCCGAUGUACACAUACUACUGUGUGGAGUGUGGCUACAACACACACGACCGGAGCGACUACAACAAACACACGGAGGAACACACUACAGUACUAGAGGUCUGCCAAAUAUGUGGAUACACGACAGCCAGUAAAGCGCAGUUCGGCAGACACAAGCGGAAACAUAAAGACGAGAAGAAAUAUAAGUGUCAUCUAUGUGAUUAUAGGGCCAGGCAUAACAUGAGUUUGAUAUACCAUCUGAAAUCACACGAACGGGUCAUCGUGAGUGGUAAGAAUGGAUAUCAGUGUAGCAAGUGUAGUUACACGAGUAAUGUGAAAACCAGUUUAGUGAGACACGUGAGGGUGUGUGGGGGGAGGUUCGAAUGUGAGGGAUGUGAUUAUACGACGAAGAGGGAGAGUGACUUGAGGAAACACAGGCUGAGGAGACACGGAGCGACCAGGAGGAAACACAAGUGA